AUGGCUGAAGAAUACGAACGCCAUGCACGCUUCCAAUACCGCAACAACUCAAAUCUAGUUCUACACAGAGAAGGGCCAGUAUCAUCUAAUGAACCAACUGGAGAGCCAGAAAGUCUGGUUGGUCGUAUCUACCACAAGAUGGGCGAUUGUGUGGAGUUUACCAGACCAAAGAUGCCGGAAAAUAAGCCAAAUAAGACUAAAAGACGACCAAAGCUGGAUAUAUCACUGGGUCAAUCAGUACUAAAUGUCAAGUGUAAUCAGGGUUACCAACCCAACAGCUCAAAGACGAAGAAGAUCUAUGAACAAUUACUAACGCUUAUCCAGCAGAUUCUAGGAGAUCAGCCCUUCGAAAUGCUGAGUGACGCUGCCAAUGAGAUCAUUUCAUUGCUGCGCGGAGGAGGUACAAUCGACCAGUUAAGAGAUUCAAUUGGCAAUGUCACUGAUAGUGACUAUGCGUCACUGAAUGUCAUGUGCAAGGAGUUAUCCGAUUUUGACUCACUUACCAUGAGCACCGGUGCUGAUACAGAAGGCGUUUCGCUCCUUUUUGAUGAAGAGGAUGAUGAUACUUUAGAUGUUUUGGAGUCGGAGAUAGAUGAUGAAAUUGACAAUGAGAUAACAGAUGAAUAUGAAAAGGCCAAACAACAAAACUGCAUCCAACUAAAUGAACCGGAUGAGAAACUUUCCAUCGACGAACACAAAAUUCCCAUCACCAGCAUCGAUUCCCACUGGUUACAAAGGGAACUCAACAGGUUGUACAACAACCCGGAGCAGUCAGUGGCGAUGGAAAAGGAAUUGUUGAAGGCAUUGCAAAUAAUGGAUAUACAAGAGUGCGAAAAUACGAUAGUAACAUUGUUCAACUAUGAAAAUUUUGAUUUUUGCAAGAAGUUGCUACAUAAUAGGUGGCAAAUAUACUACUGCACGAGGUUGGGUCAAGCGCAAUCUGAAGUCGAGGCACAGGACAUAAAAAAUGAGAUGGCAAAGGUACCGCAGGGCCAGUUAGUGCUAGAAGAGCUCCAAUUAUCAAAAAAUCGUCGUAAUUUGGAGGAAGAAAAGGCGAAGAAUUUGCGUGUUGAAAUGGCUUCUUUGCGUCACAAUGACACAAAGUUGUAUUCUCACACAGAUGUCGAUUUAGACACUGAUAACAUAACAAAUAGCACAGGUACAACAAAUAGAGUUAACAAUGUUGAUGAACAAAAUUUUACAAUAUCAUUGGAAACGUAUGCCUUCGCCCAAGGCUCACAGUUUAUGUCAAAUGAGAAAGUUGUUCUUCCGGAGGGAUCUGAACGCGUGGAAACUAAGGAAUAUUCCAAAGUGACAAUUUUUCCAGCACUUAGGCCAGAUAACACAAUCAAAUCAGUCCCUAUUUCAGCACUUCCAAUGUGGGCACAGCCUGCAUUUAGCGUGGCAAAAAUUGAUAAGCUUAAUCCUGUACAGUCCGCGGUAUUUGAGGUAGCUUUUAAAAUGUAUGAGGAAAAUUUAUUGAUCUGUGCACCUACCGGCGCGGGCAAGACGAAUGUGGCAAUUUUAGCCAUUCUGAAUGCCAUAGGGGAGACAUUGGGCCUCACAGACCAGUCAGAGGCCAUACCUUCUCUUGGGACAAAACCCUCCUUUUUAAUCGCCUACAUAUCUCCCAUGAAAUCUCUGGUAUCCGAACAAACCCAGUCAUUCUCGCUCAGGCUGAAUCAGCAUGGAAUAAGGGUGGAAGAGCUGACUGGUGAUGUAUCCGUAUCUCGGGCACAACUUGAGAAAACGCAUAUAAUUGUAACUACGCCAGAGAAGUUUGACGUAGUUACACGUAAAACAGGCAAUGAGCCCCUGCUUGAGCGGCUUAGAUUGGUUAUAAUUGAUGAAAUACACCUACUCCAUGACACUAGGGGUCCAGUGCUGGAGGCUAUUGUGGCCCGCCUGAGUCAGAGGCCCGAACGCGUAAGGCUAGUUGGUCUAUCGGCCACGCUUCCAAACUACGAAGACGUGGCUAGAUUUCUCACUGUUAAUCUAGACCGAGGGCUUUUCUACUUUGGCAGCCACUUUAGGCCUGUGCCCUUGGAGCAGGUGUAUUAUGGCGUGAAGGAGAAGAAGGCUAUCAAACGUUUCAACGCAAUCAACGAAAUUCUCUACCAAGAGGUGAUUAACGAUGUUUCUAGCUGCCAAAUUCUUGUUUUUGUGCAUUCUAGAAAGGAAACGUACAGGACGGCAAAAUUUAUCAAAGACACGGCCCUUUCACGGGACAACUUGGGAGCCUUCAUUUCUGAAUCUUCAUCACGAGAGAUUUUGGCAAGUGAAGCCAGCAAUUCCAAGUCGUCCCAACUUACAGAACUGCUGCCUUUUGGGUUGGCUAUCCACCAUGCAGGGCUAGAGCGUUCAGAUCGCCAGCUUGUGGAAGACCUGUUUGCUGACAAGCACAUACAAGUGUUAGUAUCAACGGCUACUCUUGCUUGGGGGGUGAAUCUACCCGCACACACAGUGAUAAUAAAGGGAACUCAGGUCUUUUCUCCUGAAAAGGGCGAGUGGUCCGAGUUGUGUCCCCUUCAUGUUACCCAGAUGCUGGGUCGGGCCGGCAGGCCCCAAUACGACACAAAGGGCAAGGGAGUGAUCAUAACGGAGAUGGCAAACCUACAGUUCUACCUAUCUUUGAAUAACCAUCAGUUGCCCAUAGAGUCCCAACUUGUGCCACAGCUUCCCAACGUCAUAAACGCGGAAAUUGCCUCCAGGAAUGCAGCUUCCUUGGAAGAAUGCUUGAAAUUUUUGAAGAGCACCUACCUGUACGUGCGAUUGUGUAACAAUUUGACCCUGUAUAUGAAAGAAUCCGUGGAUAAAAACUUGUCGGCCGAUGACGCGGCUAGGAUAUUCAUGCUAUCGGCACUGGGCCAGCUGCACCAACUGGGCAUGGUGAGGUAUGAACCCAAGUCGGAAACUGUCCAACCCACCUUUUUAGGCACCAUCUCCUCUCACUAUUACUUGAGGCCAGAGUCCAUAUCCGUAUUCUCUAACCACUUGAAGCCGGAUAUGUCUGACGCGGAUUUACUACGGCUCUUCUCCCUAAGCUACGAAUUUAGGUAUAUCCCAGUGCGUGAACAAGAGGCCAUCGAGUUGGGCAUGUUGAUGGAGAAAGUGCCCAUUCCUAUCAAAGGUAUGCAUACCGAGGCAACUUCUAAGAUUAUCAUUUUGUUACAGGCCUACAUAUCUCGUCUUAAACUUGAGGGGUAUGCGCUGGUAUCGGAGAUGACUUAUAUACGUCAGAAUGCUACCCGAAUCAUGCGUGCCUUUUUUGAGAUUGGAAUUAAACGUGGCUGGGCUAACGUAGCAGAGAAGGCAUUGUAUUACAGCAAAUGCAUUGAGCACCAAAUGUGGUCUAGUAGUUUGCCGCUUAGACAAAUCCCAUACGUGCCCUUGGAUGUGAUCAAAAAGCUUGAGCGUAAGGAUUUCCCCUUUGAACGAUACUAUGACUUGUCGGCCCUAGAGUUAGGCGAAUUGAUUAGAAACACCAAAUAUGGAGAGCUUUUGUUCCGGGCUGUCCACUCCAUACCUAAGUUGGACGUUCAGGUUUAUGUCCAACCCCUAACUAGUACCAGGGUGGCAAUUGAACUUUGUGUUAUUUCUUGUUUUGUCUGGGAUAACACAUCCAACGUUCAUGGGAAGGCUGAAAGAUUUUGGCUUCUGGUUGAGGAUGUGGAUUGUCAAAAAGUGCUUUACUACGACCUUAUAUCCAUUUCUCGCAAUGAAAGUGAAAAGACAUAUAAUUUCACCGUUCCUAUCUCACAGCCCCUUGCGCCAAACUACUACUUGAAGAUCAUUUCGGACAGCUGGAUUAACGUAGAGACAUGCACCAGCAUCUCUUUUAACAACCUUAUAUUGGUAGAUUCUCCCAGUAAACACACCGAGUUGCUUGAUCUAGUCCCCUUUCCUGUCUGCAAUAUGAAAAAUGAGCUUGCCCAGCGGUAUCUCGAGAAGCUACCAGGCUUUGCAAAACUAGGGAUCAGUAACGGCUGCCUAGACGGCAUCCAGACUCAGAUUUUUGAGUGUCUCUCUGCUGGUACCGAAAACGUGCUUUUGUGUAUUCCACCAAUGUGUGGAAAAAGGCUUUGCAUCGACUUUGCCAUUCUUGAACGCCUUAACUCUGGGAGCUGUGAAAAUUCUGUCAUUGCGCUAAUGGCAUCAAGUGACAAAAACGCUCGCCAAUACUACCACUUGUACCAGAACCUGUUUGAAGGGCUUCAAGUGGCACUUUUGGACGGAGAUCUGAAGGGGGACUGCAACAAGUUCUUCUCUUCACAUAUGAUCAUAGGCACCCCUUUCCAAUAUGACAAUUUAUUCAGGCGCUGGAAGUCACGAGAAAUAUUUCAGUCAAUUUCUUUAUUCAUUGUGGAUAACCUCCACAUGGUAUCAAAUCCGACUGUGGGCCCAGAGAUGGAAGUAAGUAUAUCACGGUUACGAUUUGCUAUCACGCAGCUCAACCUGCAAGUUAGGAUAAUUGCACUUUCAUAUCCAGUGGGCAACGCUUCAGACAUAUCUAAUUGGAUCGGGGCCAGCAAAGUGUUCAACUUCUCUACUGACGCACGUAAAACUCCAUUGGCUGUUAGCAUUCGUUCGGUUGAAUCUUCUGAGAGAGAGGAGAGGUUAAUGUCUAUUUUGAAGACUCUCAAGGCUGAGAAGCUCUAUCCUCUUGAAAGACCCUGCUGCGAUGGUGUCGUUGACUCUUCAAAAAAAGUUAUUAUAUUCUGUACAGACGCAGUAGAGACUCGCAUUACCGCAGUUGAAAUUGCGCUUAGAAGACAAGCGGCGGUGCCUGAAUGGGAGGGUCUCAGCCUGAUGGAAGAGAUAAUUUCCCAAAACGAGAUAAGCGAGCGUUCAUUGGUUGAGACGCUAAAAACAAGCAUUGGGUAUAUCCAUGGGUACACUGAUGAGUCUGAGUUUAGGCUGAUAGAGAUAUUGUUUGCUUGUGGGCUGAUUGAUACCUUAGUAGUUGACCAAUCGGUAGUUGAUGAUUUAAGGGUUUUUGCACCUUCUGUAAUCAUAAAGGACACGAAAUUUUUGACGCCAAUUUUUACUCCAAUACAAUUGGAGCUUCCCUGCAUUGGACUUUCUGAAACUGACUAUUCACCCCUACAUUUACUACACCUGCUUUCUCUAUCGGACGGAAUAAGGUCAUCAGGCGCAGAAUUUUUUCCUCUGUUUGACACAGAAUUUCUCCAUCAUUUUGGCCCAUCCCUCACUCAAUAUGUAACGAAAUGGUAUAAAAAUCCGACAUCCACUAAAACCACAGCAAAAGGCGUAGUCUUUACCCUUAAUAGCCUUAAAGACUACUACAAAACAGCACUUUUCGAAGCACUUCCUGCAGAAAGCGCACUGGAGACACGCUUGGAGGAACAUUUUAAUUCCGAAAUAGUUUUGGGCACAAUCGAAAACCAGCAAGAUGCCUUGGACUGGCUCACUUGGACACUCUACUACCGCAGGCUAUCUAAGAAUCCAAACUACUAUGGCCUAAUGGCUGUAACAAAUGAACACUUGAGCGACCACUUGUCAGAACUGGUGGAAAAUACCCUAACCAGUCUGGAAAAAAUGCAGCUUGUUGAAGUUUCAGAUACAAUAUCUCCGCUAAACACGGGUCUAGUCGGGGCAUACUACUGCCUACGUUGCGAAACAAUCGAACUGUUCCACCGUUCAAUCCAGCCAAACUUGACGCGAAGGCUUCUAAUCACAAUAAUUUGUGCCUCUUGUGAAAUUGAAAGCCUGCCUUUGCAUCAAAACGAAGAGUCUGUUAUCAAUCGUAUUGCCCGCAAAUUGGGGCUACCGACGCUAGAGCAUGGAGGAGUCUUUGUCAACCCUCACUUCAAGGCCUCCACGCUGGUGGAGGCACAUAUGAAUCGCAUACCUCUACCGCGAAAUCUCGCAAGGGAUGUCCAAUUUUUGCUACCCAUCUUUCUGAAGCUAUCGCACGCGUUGGUGGACAUUAUAAGCUCCAACAUGUGGCUGACCCCUGCACUGGUGGUAAUGGAGACCUGCCAACUCGUAGUCCAGGCACUUUGCGCUGCCAAUUCGCCCCUUAUGCAAUUACCGCACUUUGAUAUUGAGAUUUGUCAAUCGCUGUGUGAAGAGUACAAAGUUAAUGAUGUUUUGGACUUUAUCUCCAUGGACGAGCAUUUGAGGGACAAGGUGCUAGAGCGUUUUACUGAGGCUGAGAAGGCAGAUAUUGCCAACGCCUGUAACUCAUACCCCAUUUUACAGGUUGAAUUCGCCUUGGAUACAGAAAAGGCGGAGCCGGGGCAGUCCAUUACCCUAACUGUUCAGAUAAACAGGGACAACGAGGCAUCUCUGGUGUCAUGUCCAUAUUACCAGGCCGACAAGAGGGAGGAGUGGUGGUUGGUGGUGGGGGACCGUGGUGAAAAUGCUCUUUAUGGCAUAAAACGUAUAGCAGCAACCAGCAAGAAAGUCACUAGUACUCUGGAAAUUGAUGCGCCUAGCCAGCCUGGGGAUCACAAGCUCGUGCUCUAUCUAAUGAGUGAUUCUUAUGUGGGUUGUGACCAGGAGUUUGAGUUUUUUAUCCACGUAUCAUAA